AUGCAGGAAGGGGCCUCUUAUGAGUCUCCUCUCUCUCGUGCUGGGGUUGGCGUUGACUCUGCUGCAGCUUUCUUUCCUCUCCCCCCCCCCUCCUUCGAUGCCUCUGCGUUGGUACCCUCGGGGGGCCCCCCGGACUCGUCCCCUUCUUUCUCUUGCUGGGGGGCCCCCCACCCAGAGGGCCCCUCUUCUUCUUUGUUGCAGCACUCUGUCUCUGCUUCUCACCGCCUCCCCUUCUCUCCCCCUUCUCUCGCUCUCUCCUCCUCUCAGCUCCCCACCCAGCCUUCUCCUCUGUGUCUAGGGGCCCCCGACCCCCCCCUGGGGGCCCCGGGGGCCCCAGGGGCCCCCCGCCUCCCCUUCUCUCCCCCUUCUCUCGCUCUCUCCUCCUCUCAGCUCCCCACCCAGCCUUCUCCUCUUUGUCUAGGGGCCCCCGACCCCCCCCUGGGGGCCCCGGGGGCCCCGGGGGCCCCUGGGGCCCCUGGGGCCCCUGUUGCAUCAGGGGCCCCUCCUGACGAAGGUUUAGGAGGAAGCAAUGUGAAUACUGCGCUGGCGUUGAGGGGCCCCCCUGGGGGCCCCCCUUCUACGUCUGCAUUGGGCCCCGUGUGGGGGCCCCUUGCUAUCGUGGGGGCCCCUGGGGGGCCCCCAAUAGGGUUUAGGAGGAAGCAAUGUGAAUACUGCGCUGGCGUUGAGGGGCCCCCCUGGGGGCCCCCCUUCUACUUCUGCAUUGGGCCCCGUUUGGGGGCCCCUUGCUAUCGUGGGGGCCCCUGGGGGGCCCCCAAUACCUUGUGGGGGCCCCCGAGCAGCAACAAUAUUGUCAGCUGCCUGCUGAGGUUCGCCUCGCCCUCAAACACCCCCACGGCUACCAGCUCAAGGGCAGGCAGCACAAAGCAGCAGCAGCAGCAGCAGCAGCAGCAGCAGCAGCAGCAGCAGCAGCAGCAGCAGCAGCAGCAGCAGAUGGUGAUGAUGGUGGUGGAGGAGGAGGAACAGCAGCAACAGAUAAAGGGGGGACUCAGAGAAGGACAGCCAAUCCACAGGGAGCAACACACAGGGCUAAGACAGCAAAAAAAAACAGCAGCAGCAGCAGCAGCAGCAGCAGUAGCAGCAGCAGCACUGCAGCUUCCUCAGCAGCAUCCGGCCCUAUACCGGAGUUCAGCAGCAGCAGCAGCAGCAGCAGCAGCAGCAGCAGCAGCAGCAGCAGCAGCAGCAGCAGCAGCACUGCAGCUUCCUCAGCAGCAUCUGGCCCUAUACCGGAGUCUUGGGUGCCAACAGCAACAGCAGCAGCAACAGCAGCAGCACCAACUCCUGCUGCUGCUGCUGCUGCUGCUGCUGCUGCUGCUGAGGGUUCAUCUGGGGGCCCCUGUCAGUGCAGCGACUGCGGGCGGUGCAGGGCCCUCGCAGAGGCGCGGCGUAUCCUGA